AUGGGUAUACUCGUUAACGAGCAGCCACCUGAGCAGAUGGCUAUACGUGUUAACCGGCAGCAACCUGAGCAGAGGGGUAGAGUAUACUCGUUAACGAACAGCCACCUGAGCAGAUGGCUAUACGUGUUAAUCGGCAGCCACCUGAGCAGAUGGCUAUACUCGUUAUCGGGCAGCCACCUGAUCAGAUGGGUAUACUCGUUAAAGAGCAGCCACCUGAGCAGAGAGGAAUACUCGUUAACGAGCAGCCACCUGAGCAGAGGGCCACCUGAGCAGAUGGCUAUACUCGUUAUCGGGCAGCCACCUGAUCAGAUGGGUAUACUCGUUAAAGUGCAGCCACCUGAGCAGAGGGGUAUACUCGUUAACGAGCAGCCACCUGAGCAGAUGGGUAUACUCGUUAUCGAGAAGCCACCUGAGCAGAUGGGUAUACUCGUGAACGAGCAGCCACCUGAGCAGAUGGGUAUACUCGUUAUCGGGCAGCCACCUGAGCAGAUGGGUAUACUCGUUAACGGACUGCCAUCUGAGCAGAUGGGUAUACUCGUUAACGGACAGCCACCUGAGCAGAUGGGUAUACUCGUUAACGAGCGGCCACCUGAGCAGAUGGCUAUACGUGUUAACCGGCAGCCACCUGAGCAGAUGGGUAUACUCGUUAUCGGGCAGCCACCUGAGCAGAUGGGUAUACUCGGUAAAGAGCAGCCACCUGAGCAGAGGGGUAUACUCGUUAUCGGCAGCCACCUGAGCAGAUGGGUAUACUCGUUAACGAGCAGCCACCUGAGCAGAGGGUGUACUCGUUAA